CACAAAGUGUCAACCAUGAGACGGAUAUUCGAUUUGGCAAAGCUUCGAACCAAAAGAUCAGCACUUUUCCCAGCUAUUAAGAUCUGUCCACAGGAAUCCUUGAGACAGAUUUUAGCAAGUCUUCAAGCUUAUUAUAGACUGAGAGUAUGUCAAGAAGUCGUGUGGGAAGCAUAUCGGAUCUUCCUGGAUCGCAUUCCUGACACAGAGGAAUAUCAAGGCUGGGUCAGCCUUUGCCAAGAGGAGACCUUCUGCCUCUUUGACAUUGGGAAGAACUUCAGCAGCUCCCAGGAGCACUUGGAUAUUCUGCAGGAGAGAAUAAAACAGAGAAGCUUCCCUGGGAGAAAAGAUGAAAUAGCUCCGAGGGAGACACUGGCAGAGACCACCAAAACCCCUGCAUUACCCACAGAUGUUUCCAGCAUGUCACUGGGGCCCUUCCCACUCCCUCCUGAUGAUACACAGCUCAAUGAGAUUCUCAGUGACACCCUCAAAGAUAUCCAGAAGCCCACAAUGGAAAACAAAUCAGAACCUACUCGUGUGUCUGAAUUUUCAUCAGAGGAGAAGGUGGAGUUCAGCAUCUCUCUGCCAAACCACAGGAUUAAGGCGGAGCUCCCCGGGUCUCCAAACUACCAGGAGCUGGUGCGACAGUGCCAACUGCAGUUGCAAAAGGUAUUUAAGAAACUUCCAGGAUUCAGAGAAAUCCAGGUGGUAGGAUUUAGACCAAAGAAAGAAGAAGAUGGCUCAAGCUCCACAGAAAUACAACUUAUGGCCAUCUUUAAGAGAGACCGUGCAGAAGCAAAAAGCCCUGAUAGUGAUCGCCUGUCUUUCGAUUCCAACAAAAUUGAAAGUGAAAGAAUGCAUCCUCCUGGAACCAUAGAAGACAAGCAACCAGAAACCUACCUCACAGCUAUGGACCUCAAAAAACUCAUCAUACAAGCACUAGAUGGAGACCGUUCCUUGAAUGUGGGGACAGUUCAGUUCAGUGAUGAAGUUGCUGGGACAUUGUCAGUCUCCAAACCUGUCACCCAAUCAGGACUGCCCAUUCCCCUUGCUGAUGUCAUUGAGGAUACUACUCCAAGUCCAGAACUUCCUUUCAGUGAACCUUGGUUUGAGACAGUGGACAGAGAUGGACCUGCCCUGCCAGAAAAUCUACCUUCCUUUACACCUAGCAUCCUCUCUCCGGAUGAUCAAAGCUCCGCUCACCUGAUCACCACUGGCCAAACAAUACCCAUCCCCGGGAUCACUGUCCCCACCAGUGAUUACUCUACCAUCAGCCAGCUGCCUCUAGAAAUGUCACACUGGCCCGCAUCUUCCGGUGAGAGCGAGUUGAUUACAAGCAGCCGAGAUACAAUCAGAGACAGAGACCAGAUGGAUGCGUCUGACACUCCCGCCUUGUCAGAAGUAUCAGGACUGAGCGGAUACGGUUCCGCCCCGGGUCGUUUUGUGGAGACGACCACACCCAUCCCAUCAUUCCAGUACAUCACCACCAGCUCUGAGACCGUUGCCAUCAAGGGCCAUGAGCUGGUGGUAUUCUUCAGUCUGCGCGUUGCUAACAUGCCUUUCUCCUCUGAUCUGUUCAACAAGAGUUCUCUGGAGUAUCAAGCCCUGGAACAACGAUUCACAGACCUGCUGGUUCCGUACCUGCAAUCCAAUCUUACAGGGUUUAAGCAACUGGAAAUACUGAGCUUCAGGAAUGGGAGUGUAAUCGUAAACAGCAAAGUGCGGUUUGCCAAGGCAGUGCCGUACAACCUCACACAGGCCGUGCGCGGUGUCCUGGAGGAGCUCCGGUCCACAGCUGCUCAACAACAGCUGGAUCUGGAAAUCGACAGCUACUCCCUUGACAUUGAACCAGCUGAUCAGGCGGAUCCCUGCAGAUUCGUAGACUGCGGCAAAUUUGCCCAGUGUGUGAAGAAUGAGUGGACAGAGGAGGCGGAGUGUCUCUGCAGACAGGGUCAUGGGAGGCACAGGGCCCUGGACUACCAGGGCCUGAACCUCUGUCCCCCCGGGAAGACAUGUGAGGCUGGAGGAGGACAGGCAGCUCCAUGCAGGCCACCAGAUCACCUCACAAACCAAGCUCACAAACCGAGCGUGAAAAAAUUACGUCAUCAAAGUAAGGUAGCCAAGAAACGAAACUCCGAACUAUCAGCUAUAGGAUUUGAAGAAUCUGACCAUCAGGAUUGGGAAGGAAAUUAA